CACUGUUCAGUAUCAUUAUGCGUUAUGGUGUUGAUGUUAAUUGCAUUGAAACUGUGAAACAAACAGGUGUGAUAAUGUUAUCCCGGACUUCAGACACAGAGCUGCCGGGGAAUUGGAAACCGAAAGCCUUUGCUGCGUCUGAAAACCGAAUCUUCCAGCACGUGAUGCAAACAAGAGGGCGGAGCUAAGAGGAAUUCAACUGUUUAAAACCCAGAGGCGAAUAGCGGACAGGACAGAGAGAAGGACCUGAAACAGCGCACCUGAACUGAACUGGGAGCAGAAAAACUAAGAGAGAGAACAAUACAACCCGCCGUCAAUAUUACAUUACCGCACGAGAGACAACACCGUCUAACUCGAAGCGCUUAUCCUCGAAGUGAAGAUGCAGAUUAAAGUAACGACCUUGACGGGGACUUGUUAUCCCGUGGAAAUGGAUCCUAGCGCCACAGUGAGGCAGCUGAAGCAGGAGAUCGAGCGACGGGUCAGUGUUCCAGCGUUCCGGCAGAAACUGGCGAUGCAGAAGAACGGGCGCAAAGAGCUGGAAGACGAGGGGAGGCGGCUGAGCGAGUGCGGGCUGGAGCACGGAGACACCGUGCUGGUGCUGGUCACCGAGCCCAAGUCCAUGCAAGUCUUCUUGCGGAACGACAAGGGCCAGACGCAUACAUACGAGAUCUUCCCGGGGGAGACGGUCACCGAGUUCCGGCAGAAGGUUUAUCGGGUGGAAAGGGUUCCACCGGAGCAACAGGUGCUCGUCUGUCAAUCCAAGACGCUUCAGGACGGCAGGAAAUUGGAGGAUUACAACAUCAGCUCCAAUACUACCAUCACCUUGAACCUGCGUCUGAGAGGAGGCUAAGCGCAGCGCUGCGUCCAGUGCCUUCCAGAGAUGCUUAUCAUGUUUGAAUUACACCAUGGACCUGAUCUUAUAAAAGCAUAAUUACAGCCCUACUGAUUAUCCUUAAGUUUAUGACAAUUUGUUUUUCUUGUUUUUUUAAGUUAUUGUUUGUGUAUUAAAAUACUUGAUGCAUUCCCUAAGCUAAGGAGCUCUAUAAUGUGGUUGGCAUCCCCCAGCACAACCGUUUAAAAAGAUCACCUUAAAAAAAAAAAAAAGUUGUGAAUGCUUGCUAGUUUGCACAAUCCCAUUGGCCAGGCUGGCAGCCAGUUUCCAGGGGAGGCAAUCUUGGUAUUGUCCUUUUCUACUCUUAUGGCAGCCCCAGGCUCUAAUGCAGAAUCAGAAGAUUGUCUUGAUGUAUCACUUCCCAAAGCAGGCACAACUAGAGCUUUGGACAGACGCCAACUGCAUUGUGAUGUCAGCGCCUUCGCCUCUCACUACUGAGAGAUUCAGCUGAUCAGGGCCAUGCAGCUCUCCUAAACGUGGCUCAUCUGCUGGGUGUCAAAGAUCGUAACAAUUAAUGUGUUCCUGUUUUAAAAAUGAUAUCUUUUGAGUGUGUAACGUUUUAUUUGUGUAUAGCUUUACAAUUAAAUAAAAAAAAAAACUAUUUAAAAAUGUAAAAA